GACAACGCUAGGAUGGCCAAAAAAAGCCCAGAGGGUUCGUGGAGUGCUGGGAGGAGAGGGGGUUUGGUGUGGAAGCAAGAGAAAUGGCCAGCAAAGUGUUGGAUCUGUUAUACUGGCGAGAUGUGGGGACCACCGGGCUGGUGUUUACAGGUUUGGUUGUGGGUUUGGCUUGUUUGUUCCAGCUCAGUGCCAUCACGAUCCUGUCCAACCUCGGAUUGGGUAUUAUGGCCUUCACCCUCCCUGUACGCUUUCUUUACAAAGCUAUGGCGCUUGUCCGCCUCGGUGAUGGAUCGCAUCCCUUCCAGUCAUAUUUGGAUGAGGACCGCACGCUGACAGAUGAGGACACAGUUCGCAUGGCGGAACAAAUCGUUCUGCUGAUUGCUACGGCUGUCACCGAGCUGAAGAGGCUGUUCUUCAUCGAUAGCAUCAUGGACUCAGUGAAGUUUGUUGUGUUCCUGUAUUUGUUGACCUAUGUGGGGGUCCAAGCUAAUGGUCUCACGCUGGUGAUGACCGGUGUGAUAUGUGCCUUCUCUCUGCCACUGUUAUACAGACUUCAACAGGAGAGGAUCGACAAGAUUGUUAAAGCAAUCAAAAAACUUGUGGAAAAAAUCACCGAAAUAGUUGAUCUUGUGGUUUCGCUGGCCAAACCUCCCCCAGCCCCAGCGCCUUCCCCUGCCCCCACACCAAAACUUAAACAGAAGACUAAAUGAAGAGGAGGGAGAGAGAAAUGGGGGCGAGGAGCAGAAAAGUGGAGUACACUGAACAAACAAAGUCUUACGGUGCAGCUGCAGCCCCUUGUGUUAGACAGGGUCGAGGACUGGGGGUUAUGAACGAGCAUUAUGUUUUACAGUAUGUUUCUCUUAGGAUUAAUUCACUUCAGAAUUAAAAUUUCCUGAUAAUUUACUCA